AUGCUGCUCCACGCAUGGCGUGGCAAGCUGCAGGACAAGGAUCAGGAGGAUGGAGGAGCGGCGGCGGGAUCGGAAUCGGAAGCAGCUGCAGCCGCUGACGAGCAGGAGGAGGUGGUCCGCGGGCUGGCCACCCUCAAGCUGCAGGGCACCACGAUGAGGGCCAGCGACAUCGCCGAGGCGGCGCUCUUCCUGGCCAGCGACGACUCCAGGUACGUGUCCGGCCACAACCUCGUCGUCGACGGCGGCGUCGCCACCGCCAGGAACCUCACUGGACUGCAAUGUGUAAUGUAUGUAGUUCAUUUUCAUUCAUCCUGCUGGAUUGGUUGGUCGGAAAUUCGAUCGGUUCCGAAGAAUGGCAAACGACAGUACGUAUGA